AUGUCAUCUUUUAACAGUAUAGAGCGCUGCAGUAGAGGAUCAGGACAAAAACGACUCAUUAAAGGAGUAAGUACUGUUGGACCAGAAGAUUGGAAAGAAUUUUUGACAAAUGAUGACAAUAAACAAGAGCUUAUAAAAUUACUUAUUCAAAUAUGGAGUGACAAUGAAUUUAGUCACAAGAUACAAGAAAAGCUGAUUAUAGUUGUUUGGGAAGGUGAAGCAUACAAACAUAAUUCAAGAGAUGGUGAAACAGUCAACAAGAGCCCAAUACAAUCUCUAUCAUCUAAGAAGAAACAGACACAAAUUGUAUACUGUUUAUAUGCAGAAGAACACAAUUUUGAUUAUGUUCAAAUCAAAAGCCCGGACAGAGAUGUAUUUUAUAUUUUACUUUAUUAUGCUUCACAUUUGAAAGUUGAUAUCCUACUAGAUAUUGGCAAUGGGAGUCAGUCGAACGAAUUAAACGAAAGCUUAUUAGCUUUGCAUGCAUUAACCCGAUGUGAUAGGACCAGUGCUUUCAAAGGAAUAGGUAAGAGAGAAAAUUACAAAGUUGUGUGCUUCGAGUUCGACUCCACAUCUACAUCUAGUGAGAGUGCCUCUGCGUUCAGUACUGGUAAAUCUAUCGGCAUUGUGAAAAAUGAUAGUCUAAUAGUUCAGGUUCAGAAAUAUGGAGAAGAGUUCAACACAUCAACACCUCGAAAAAAUAAUAUAGCGAUUGUGGAUGAUGAAUCUGAAGAGGAGGGUGAUAUAGAACCCAAUGAAAAUGACUUGUCAUAUGUACCAUGUUAUGGAUCAAACAGUGAAGAUUUUGUAAGCGAUGAGGAUUUUGAUGUUAGAGAUCAAACUGAUGGUAUAAGUUUCCUUGAUGAAGUUGAUAUUGAUUCUCGUAUGAGUCAUCAAAGAACCUUUCUGAUUUAUGAAUCAUCUUUGAUUGAAAUUCUAUCGAAAGUAACUUGUGAAAAAUGUAAAAGUCCAAUAAUUAAAAGAAGAAAAUCUUUAAUUGGAUAUUCACUUACUGUACAUGGAUCACUUGAAGUUUUUCAUUCUAUGAUGCUUAAAUAUUUACCGAAAAGACAGGAAUUCGACUUCGCUUGUAUGAUGGCACGGACUCAAUUAGCAGCCUUGGAUCAUAACCACAACGUUGAUCGAGAAAUUGUUCUUGAAGAUUCCAAACCAAAAUACAGACCAGCUUAUUCAAAAAAAGGAAAACAAUGGGUUGUAAAACCAAUAUAUGAAUCUAAAUAUUUAAAAAGAAAGACUUGCUGA